UGACGUGGUCUUUUUGACAGCAAACCUUUCUCGACGAGUAUAAUUUUAUCAACUCCUUAAAAAUGCAUUUUAUUUUUAUCAUUUCGAUUUUACAUUUUUUUCAAUCGAGUGUGAGUUCAGUGCAUCGUGUCAGCAACAAUUUACGUAAAAAACUCGACGCCGAAGAACAAAACGCCAUAUGCUGCAUGAACCACAUGGAUUGCUGUAACGAGUCACAAAAGCCGACAAAUUUUGAGGUCAAAUCUCUAAUGACAGAAUGUCCUAAUCUCAAAUGCCUUAACUGGUCAAGUGCGCAUCAAGUAAUCGUCCAACACAACAAAACAGCACCUGAAAAGUUAACAGACUGCAAACAAAAGCUACUUCUUACUAUCAAAGUAACAAACGAAGGUGUUCCCAAUGAUAAGAGUGAGUAUAUCAUUAUUGAUCACAUCACCGACCCUACAAAUUUGCAAAAGGUGAGACUUUUGAAUCCUUACGCAAUCAGGAUUAGGCAAGAACCAAUGCUGCAAGUGUACGGAUUAAAAUUUGAACGCGCUGUAAAUGGAGAAGUUAAGGAACAAGUAUUUAAUAAACAUACUCGCAACUACCGAGGCUGUGACACAUCUUACGAACAUCCCACCUGUGGUAUCGUUCAACACGAGGGCAAAAUGGUUCCCUACAGUACCGGAUUUUGUUGUUCUUGUGAUGCUGAAAAAAAUCGCCAGCUGGAAGAACACAGCAAUCAUGUUCCAUUAGUUCAAUGGCCUCUCCGCGGUGGUGUACCUGACUAUCGUAAAAAUCAUCCCGAGGAAAAUGAUUAUGAACAUUAUAAACAUUAUGGAUUUAUAAGACCCGAUGGUAAAAUGGUUUAUGGAUGGCCUCAAAAGCGUGCCGACGAAAGUGUGAAUUACCAACAAUUUACUGAGUUAAAGGAUGGUAAGAUUCGCCAACGCCGCGGUGGCCAAACUUGCGACGACAUUGACUUCAAAGACCUUCCAGAGUCCUUCUACGAGAGUACCCACUGUCUUACCUUUUCCAACAUUUGGUACUCUGUCUAUCAAAUUUCAAAACCUGAAAUUGUUCACAAGCUCCGCAUUCAGAUUUUUCAAAAAUACGAAGAUUGUCACGGUAACACCCACUGGAUGGACAUAACUCAAGGAAAAACUAUAGAAGUCGGUACCCAAAAGACUCUCUAUGUCGAAAAGGACAUCAUCGCAAAAUAUUGCUCUGAAGACAUUGAUUUUAACGAUCAAGCUCUAGACUAUAAAAAAUUAAAAUUGUUGAUACCCGAACGACAAAUCGUCGAUCCGGAACAGUUUAUGCUUUUGCCGAAAAAAAUCGUUUCGGAUGGUCGUACUUGCGAUACAGCUGGAGUGGGAUAUGAGGCGUUUUUCAAACAGAGAAAACGAUGUGCUCAGCCUCAAGGGUCGUGUUUGGGGAAUCAACCGAAUCAGUUGUAUGAAAGUGAUGCUGAGGCCGAGAAACAAGGACGUCCGGGACAGUAUUUCUUGAAGUUUUACGGAACUUUGUCUGAGGAUCCUGUAGGAUAUAACUCGACGGGGCAUAUUCAGUACUUGAAAAUGGUUUAUAUUAAAAGACAUGUCAGCACUUUAAACUUCGAGUUGAAUGCCGAUUUGGUGACUUUAUUGAAACCAAAUUCUUUUGCUACAAUCACCGAAGUCUACACUGAUGCAACUGAUCCCUCCAAAACUAGAAUUAUAGCUAAAGUGACCAAUUCUGGUCUUCUGUAUGGUGUGUUUUACGUUAGAAUGAGUGGUUGUCCUUUGGAUGUCCCCGCGACUUUUAAUAACAUUGCUUCUAAAUCUGUUUUGAUUCCUUCACAACACCAACAUAUUUUCGACCUGUUUAUAGAAUAUCCACUUCCCAUGAAGGAAUUCUAUUGUUCUAUCCACGUUCAUAAUAUCAACCAAGAGUUAGUUGCAGUACGUCAAAUAAGAAUUAUGACUUAUGAUCGUUGCAUUUGUAUUUGGCAUUGUGAAUGUGCUUGUUAUGUGGCUGACAAAGGUCUCAAAUGUCUUCCUAUGAGUUUGGAUAGUUACCACGCAGCUGGUUUUCAAGGAGGCUUCCCAACAGAAACUCAUUUCGUUGAAACAUCAUAUUUAGACGAAAUGUUGGCAAUGAUGUUCAACAUGUUCAUUUUUUUGUUGUUGACUCUUCUUGCAAUGGGUUUAGUUAAAGCUCUUUUAGGGUUAUGUUCCCAAGAAAUCAGCCUUUGGGGUUUGGAUACUAUCCUUGGUACUGAAUCUACGAGGUGUGGUGAUAAAAAAUGUGAAUAUAGAAAUAACAGUGGGAUUUCUUUAGCCGGCCAAUUUUGUUUAAAUGUGAUGUUUUUCUUGCUGUACCCAUUGGCAUUAUUCAAUCUUUGUAUCAAACAUUAUUGUUUUUCGGCUUAUACAAUAGAAGACGAUGAUGAAUGUUCUUGCGAAGAGAGAUGGAUUAAUUACGAGUGCGAUGAUGAAGUAUGUCGAGCAAGAAGUACAAAAAGUUCGAUAAAUACUCGUACUGAUCCAAAAAGUAAUGGAGAAUCAGUUAAAGGAAUGUCGAGUGAGGAUAAUCCGGAAGAAAGAGAUUCAAAACAAAGCAGGGAUAACCAACCGAGAAAUAACAAAGACACAGAUAAAGAAAUUUCAAGUGAGGACAAUCAGAAAGCAAGAAACGAAAAUCCAAGUAGAGAGAAUGAACAGAAAGGUAACGAAGACUCAGCGAAAGAAAUUUCGAGUGAGGAUAAUCCAAAUGCAAGAGACUCAAGACCAAGAAGAGGUAAAAAACAAAGAACUGAAGAUUCACCAGAAGAAAUUGAGGGUGAGGAGAAAUCAGAAGUAAGAAGGCCAAAAAAAGGUAAAAACAAAGAGAAAAGUAGCGGGGAAUCAGCAGGAUCGAGUGAGGAGCCAGACGUAAGAAGGUCAAGAAAAAGUAAAAACAGACGUUGAAAACAUUUUAUUUAUUUCUAAUUAUGACGGACCAAAAAAUCGUAAAUUCUUUAUACAUAUUUAUAAAUUAUAUUGCAAUUUAUAAUAAA